AUGAGGAAGCAUAAAACAGCCUUUGGCUACGCUCUGGCUCUUCACCUUCGCUCCGUCACCACCGUUGCCUGCAUGAAGCACGAUAUGAGCUCUGACUCAGAGACCGCAGCCAUCAAUGCUCCUGUCGAGCCUCAACUUGCUGUCGAAGGAGCGCACCUUAACAUAGUAGGAGAGCAACAGCAACAGCUUGCCGAGGAUGUCAACAUCGCCAAUGAGCGACAAGAAGCUAUCGAUCUGAGCGGUUUGGGUCAUGACAACUCGUUGCCACCAGCUUCGUCAGGUACCAGCUCCGACGAAAACAGCGACAGAGACGGACGGAGAAGCAGUCGGAGAAGUGAACGGAGAGGCGGCACGAGAGGCGGCGGCGGCGGCGCGUUCGCGAGGUCGUCUCCUGAGCUGGCCGCUCGAAUCCAGCUGUCUAAAAGAAUGUAUCCCGCUUCACGUCGUCGCGCUACAUCCCCGAAGCCGUCCCGCAAAACGCACUUUGUAGCUCAAGACGCUCUCGCACGGCCUGCAUCUACUUGUUUUGAAGCACCUCCUGAAGCGGAUAUGAGUACACAUCCUUGCCACACCCAUAUGGAGCCCGUCUUCAAGGACGUCGUCCAGUCCCUCCACCAGACGGGCAAGCUCAAAAAGAUUAUGGAGGCAGUCGUGAACCACCACAACAACAUGGAGGAUCGCCAUCCAUUCCAGGCUGCCUUCGACAUUCAGUCCAUGUUGGAACCUGUCCAGAUGGCGCACAUCCACGAGCUCAUCACAGCCAAAGUCGGGACGGGUCUCUACGACUGUUUCCAGACAAAUAUGCUCAUUUAG